AUGAUAAUUCUCUCACGUUCAAAUGCAUUGUCAUUUAAAAUACGGCUUUUCUCACAUCCAAUACCUUGCCUCUUUUCAAAAAAUAUUUGUAUUUCAUCCUUAUCUACUAAAUCUAAUUAUCAUUCUGGCUCGAGUUUUAGUCCAUCCCAACCUUUCGAUGCUUCUAUAGAUUACUUAGUCAUUGGUGGUGGAGUUGUCGGGUUGGCCAUCACAGAACGAUUAUCGAAAAGAAAAGGAAAAUCUACUCUAUUAGUUGAAAAGAAUUUUAAGGUUAAUGAAGAAACAAG